UGGCCCUCCAUCGGCGGUCUCAUAAUCGCCGAUCGCGUGACACCCGUCGAGCUCACCUUCCUCAACCUCCCACGCUUCACCUCCACGCCCCGGUCUCUCAACCAAACCGCCGAGGACAUCUUCUGUCGGCAACUUCGAAAGAUCGGCGGGAAGUGGUUCUCUAGUCAUUGGGAUUGGUGGGCGAAGUAUGUGCAGAUGUCGAAGGGGAUGAAGCCUGAGGAGAUGGAGGUGUUGACGCUGGGAUGGCCGGAGACGGGUGGGGUUUGGGUACUGAGGAGGCAGAGUCGAUGGGGGGAGGAUCGGGGGCAUAGUUUGAGGGUUAGGAAUGCGGUAUCGACGGAAGAGAGGUGUGAGGCUAUUGAGAUGAGUGGGGGUGUGUUUUAUAAGAGGCCGGAGGAG